UCUUUGUUAUCACACUGGACGGGCACUGGCGGUCCGGCAUGCCCUCCACGGCGAAGGCAGCCAACGUGGCUGAUGCGUGCGCCCAGCUCGCGGCGCAGACGAAUAAUUUUGAGGUAGCUCCUCCGCGAGACAGUAAGGCGCUGGUGAUGACUUCGGCGAGGCAGGUUGGGUCCUUGCCGAGCUCGCCGCGCAUGGGUGGCUCUACGAGAGAAGCAGGCACCCCCUUAGACAGCGGUGAGAACGUAGAGACGGGGUACGUGACUCCCGAUGAAUUCGACGAGUUCGGGUUGGAGCCUGGCAGCAGGAACGGGCAGUCCAGGCAGACAUCUUGGGACGACCCCGAGCCAGAGCAGUCUUACACCUGCGCGUGGGGCCCCGAGGAGGAGUACACGGGCUACAUGGUGGAACCGUGCGCUUGGCAGUGCUGGAUGGUUUCUAACGCGACACCGUUUCCGACAUACCAGCUUGACAAUGGUCACGGUGCCAGUGAGCAUUGCCAGACCGACGAGCUCAUUCAGAGUGCUCCUCAGGAAAAUGAUAAGUCGGUGGAUUGGGGAAGCACGGUGACGGUGAUGAUGCGGAACCUCCCCAAGAAGUUAUCGCAGAAGCUUCUCUUGGAGGAGAUCAAGUCGAAGGGCUUUGGGGGAACCUAUGACUUCGUAUACGUCCCAGUGGACAUGCAUACGAAGUCCAAUCGAGGUUACGCAUUCAUUAACUUUGUGGAGCCCAAGUACGCAAUGGCCUUCAAGUCCUGCUAUGAGGGCCACCAGCUGACCAAGUACAGCUCGCGGAAGGUCAUAGCCAUUUUGCCAGCGGCGUUGCAGGGCUUCGAGGCAAAUCACGCGCAUUUCGCCUCAUCUCGGGUGAUCCACGAUGCUCCCGAGGCGCGACCGGUUUUUCUCCGGCGGCCUUCGACGACGAGGGGGGCGCCCCCUCCCGAGGCGUCGGAGCGGAGCCGCAAUGGUUCUACCAGAGAUGGAGCAGCGAAAUCAGCCGCUCUGGCUCCCAAGCCGCAAUUAAUGGCAAGCCCCCCAGCAGGCACCAGCAGUAUCCCCACCAGAAAGGGCAAGUACGCUUUGAAUUUCUGCCCGUUCUGUGGUGCGGACGUGCAGAGCGAUUUUAAAUUCUGCCAGUAUUGUGGGACGUCGUUGCAACUCUGCUAA